CCUGAGGUGGCAGCAAUGAGGGAUUCGCAGUUACGCGCACGCGCACAAGGACCCCUGUCCGGCGACGUUGGAGCGCUUCCUUUUCAUGUUCACGUGUGCUUGAGCGUGUACGGUGCCGCGGUAAAUAAACUACGAAUCGCAGCCAUGGUGCGUAUGAACGUUCUCAGCGACGCCCUAAAGUCGAUCAACAAUGCCGAGAAGCGCGGGAAGCGGCAGGUGCUGUUGAGACCCUGUUCCAAGGUGAUCGUCAAGUUCUUGACUGUCAUGAUGAAGCAUGGGUACAUCGGAGAGUUCGAGAUCGUGGACGACCACCGUAGCGGCAAGGUGGUGGUGAACCUUACCGGGAGAUUAAACAAAUGCGGUGUGAUUUCACCUAGAUUCGACGUACCUAUCAACGACAUCGAGAAGUGGACCAACAACCUCUUGCCUUCUCGACAAUUUGGAUAUGUCGUUCUGACAACUAGCGGGGGAAUUAUGGACCACGAGGAAGCCAGGAGGAAGCAUCUUGGUGGGAAAAUUCUGGGAUUUUUCUUCUAACUUUUUUUAGUUAAGUAAAUAAAAAUGUAAGAACACAA